AUGCCCACGUUCAAUGGCACCAGCUACCAGCCACCCUUCUUUCUUCUUUCAGGCAUCCCAGGGAUGGAGGAUGCUCAUAUCUGGAUCUCCAUCCCACUGAGCAUCAUGUACGUAAUUGCCAUCCUCGGAAACAGCAUCAUUAUUCACAUAAUUUGAAAGAACUCCAGCCUUUAUGACCCCCAAUAUAUAUUCCUGUCCAUGUUGGCAGCCACUGACACAGGCAUGUCAGCAUCCACACUGCCCACUGUAGUUAGUGUCUUUCUUCUCAAUCACCAAGAGAUUGAGUUCCAUGGCUGCCUGGCCCAGAUGUUCUUCAUCCACGCCUUCUCUUCCAUGGAGUCAGCCAUCCUGCUGGCCAUGGCCUUUGAUCGCUUUGUGGCCAUAAGAAACCCCCUGUGCUAUACUGUGGUCCUGACCCACUCCCACAUUACACAGAUGGGUUUGGCUGCUGUGGCACAGGGAGUGGCACUGAUGGCCCCCUUGCCUAUCUCGCUCAAACGGCUUCCCUUCUGUAAAAGCAUCAUCCUAUCACAUUCAUUCUGUUUCCACCCUGAUGUGAUGAAACUAGCUUGUGGGUCUAUUCGUGUCAACAUCAUCUAUGGACUGGCCUUGGUUCUCUGCUCCUUUGGUGUUGACUCUGUCUUUAUUGUUCUUUCUUAUGCUCUAAUCCUGAAGACAGUUUUGGGCAUUGCAUCCAGGGAAGGAAAGCUUAAGGCACUCAACACUUGUGUUUCCCGUAUUCUCACUGUCCUCAUUUUCUAUGUCCCACUUAUUGCUCUAGCUUUGAUCUGCAGGAUAGGCAGAUACCACUCCCCUCUCCCCCAUUUCACCAUGUCCAAUAUUUUUCUUUUUCUUACACCUGUCCUGAACUCACUGGUGUACAGUGUGAAAACAAAACAGAUUAGAAGUGUGAUGUGUAGACUGUUUGCACUGAAGGUGAAAUAA